AUGAGUAGAGGUCUUGUUUCUGCAGCUGGAUUAAGCUACGACUGCAUCGUCGUUGGUGGAGGAAGCGGAGGAAUUGCCUUCGCAAGAAGAGCGGCGGGUUAUGGCGCAAAAGUUGCAUUGGUAGAGCCCAAGCCAAUGGGCGGCACAUGCGUCAAUCUAGGUUGUGUGCCUAAGAAGGUCAUGUGGUACGCCGCCAAUGCCUUCGAAAGCUUGCAUGGUUUAAAACAUUUAGGCAUUGAUUUUAGUGAAUCUCCUACUUUUAAUUGGCGACGUCUUGUGGAAAAUCGGGAGAAGUACAUUAAAAGACUAAAUGGUAUUUAUGUACAAAAUCUUGAACAGUCGGAUGUUAAGCUGUAUUUCGGUUGGGCAACCCUCGAUGUUAAAGAUGAAUCUACUGACGAACACACCGUCCUUGUUAAUACAACAGAAGGAAAUGAGGAUAAAUCCUCAUCACCGCAAAGAAUAAAGGCUAAACACGUUAUUCUUGCUACUGGCAGCGAGCCGACUCCCCUCAACGUGCCUGGGGAAGAGCUUUGUAUAACAAGCAACGGUUUCUUCGGUUUACAGGAUCAGCCGAAGCGCGCUGCCGUCAUAGGAGCAGGGUAUAUAGCUGUAGAACUGUGCGGUGUCUUACAGGCCUUAGGAACAGAAACCCAUCUAUUUAUUCGUCAUAAUCGCACACUACGCAAGUUUGAUACCAUGAUUCAAGAAGAAAACCACAAAAACAUGCAAAAGCUAGGUAUACAGGUAGAAUUAACCCCAAUGGCGAUAGCAGCAGGUCGUCGUUUAGCGGAUCGUUUAUAUGGAGAGAAGAUGCAUGCAAGAGCAGAUUAUAACUUUGUUCCUUCUGUUAUUUUCUCUCAUCCUCCUAUCGCUACUGUUGGACUUACAGAAGAACAAGCAGUUAAUCAAUAUGGCAAAGAGGACAUUAAUUCCUUAAAGGAUAAGAUAUUGGGUUUACAUAUGGUGGGGUUGGGUGUAGAUGAAGUUCUCCAAGGAUUCGCAGUCGCUAUUAAGAUGGGAGCAACAAAAGCAGAUUUAGAUCGUUGUGUGGCUAUACACCCCACAGCAGCAGAAGAAGUUGUCACUCUCCGUCCUUGGGGAAUGAGCGAGCUCUAA